CCGCCGCCUGCCGCGGAUCGCGUGGUCGGCUCGGCUCGCCGCGCCUCUCCCCCGUCCGUCCAUAUUGCAGUAGCCCCCGAGCCGGGAAGCUCGGGCCGUCCCGGCGGCGGGGGGGAGGGAGGGACGGGACGAGAAGCCCGCCAGGCUCCGGGUGGGGUUGCCUUCCUAGAAACGGGCGGGGGGGGACGCGCGCCAAGGAGGCCUGGACCGCAGAGUGGGGGGCCUUCCUCCCCCCCCCGCCCCGCCAGCGGGCCUCGGAUCUACAGCGGCUGCAUCCGACCGGGAGGGAGGCCGCGCCUAGCGUGAACCCCGACCCUUAGCAGGGACUGGGUCCCAGCGCCGCGGAGGAAGGCGUCGCGGGCGCUCUGAGAGCCAAGUUCGAGGCGGGGGAGGCCGCCUCUGUCGCGCCCGGCUUCUCCGGGGGGGCGGGCGCGCAGAUGGCCACUCAGGUGGAGCCGCUGCUGCCGGGAGGCGCCCCGCUCUUGCAGGCCGAAGAGCACGGGCUGAUGAGGAAGAAGCCGCCGCCGCCUGAGGGCAAGGGCGAACCCGGGGCGAACGACAUCGGAGGGGGGGAGCCGGACAGCAGUGGCCGCAGACUUCGGCCGCCUUGCGCCAAGCCACACAAGGAGGGUACCGGGCAGCUGGAGCGCGAGAGCCCGCGGCCUCCUCAGCCGCCCAGCGCCGAGGGCCUGGCCUUCAGCGACGGGGAGGAGGGCGGUGAGCCGGGCGCUGCCGGAGGAGUGGCCGCGGGCGCCGGGCGCCGGGACUUCGUGGAGGCCCCUCCGCCCAAGGUGAACCCGUGGACUAAGAACACGCUGCCGCCGGUCGUAGCCGCUGUGAACGGACAGUCCCCUCCAGAACCUUCUGCUCCAGCCAAGGUGGUGAGGGCAGCAGUUCCCAAACAGCGCAAAGGCAGCAAGGUUGGUGACUUUGGAGAUGCAAUCAACUGGCCCACACCUGGAGAGAUAGCCCACAAGAGUGUGCAGGCUGACGGUCUAGGUCCCUCCCUGGUUGUGGCCACCGGCCUCCAGUUGGCAGAUAGGCCACAGCCCCACAAGUCUCAGCCUGCCCGUAAGCUGCCACCCAAAAAGGACAUGAAGGAGCAGGAGAAAGGAGAGGGGAGUGAUAGUAAGGAGAGCCCGAAAACCAAAUCGGAUGAAUCAGGGGAGGAGAAGAAUGGGGAUGAGGACUGCCAGCGAGGGGUUCAGAAGAAGAAAGGGAACAAACACAAGUGGGUCCCAUUGCAAAUAGACAUGAAGCCUGAGGUGUCCAGAGAGAAACUGGUCUCACGCCCUGCCCGCCCACCAGAGCCAAGACACACACCUGCCAACCGCGGGGAGAUCAAAGGGUCUGAGCCUGCCCCCUACGUGCCUGUGCCUGUGGCCCCCCCUACCCCAGCCUGGCAACCAGAAACCAAACCGGAGCCUGCCUGGCCCGACCAGGAUGAGACAUCGAGUGUGAAGAGUGAUGGGGCUGGUGGGGCACGGGCUUCCUUCCGCGGCCGUGGACGGGGGCGUGGUCGUGGCCGGGGACGCGGCCGGGGUGGCGCUCGAACCCAUUUUGACUACCAGUUCAGCUACCGAAAAUUCGAUGGUGCAGAGGGGCCUCGAACCCACAAGUACAUGAACAACAUCACCUACUACUUUGACAAUGUCAGCAGCACUGAGCUUUACAGCGUGGACCAGGAGCUGCUCAAGGACUACAUCAAGCGCCAGAUUGAAUACUACUUCAGCGUGGACAAUUUACAGCGAGACUUCUUCCUGCGACGGAAAAUGGAUGCUGACGGUUUCCUUCCCAUCACUCUUAUUGCUUCCUUCCACCGAGUGCAGGCCCUUACCACUGACAUUUCACUCAUCUUUGCGGCCCUAAAAGACAGCAAGGUGGUGGAGAUUGUUGAUGAGAAAGUUCGCAGGAGGGAAGAGCCAGAGAAAUGGCCUCUUCCUGGUCCCCCAAUAGUGGACUAUUCCCAGACCGAUUUCUCCCAGCUUCUCAACUGCCCUGAGUUUGUGCCCCGCCAGCACUACCAGAAGGAAACAGAGUCGGCGCCUGGCUCUCCUCGUGCAGUCACCCCAGUGCCAACCAAAACAGAGGAGGUCAGCAACCUAAAGACGCUGCCCAAGGGCCUGUCUGCCAGCCUGCCUGACCUGGAUUCUGAGAACUGGAUUGAGGUGAAGAAGAGGCCUCGGCCAUCCCCAGCACGACUCAAGAAGUCCGAGGAGCCCAGGUUCCUCCACCAGACCUCUCUGCCUCAGCAGCUGCCCUCUCAGCAGCUGCUGUCCAAGGAUCAGGACGAGCAGGAGGAACUGGAUUUCCUGUUUGACGAGGAGAUGGAGCAGAUGGACGGACGGAAGAACACCUUCACCGCCUGGUCUGAUGAAGACUCUGACUAUGAGAUUGACGACCGGGAUGUCAACAAGAUCCUCAUCGUCACUCAGACUCCACCUUACAUGCGCCGGCACCCAGGGGGGGACCGCACAGGCAACCACACCUCCCGUGCCAAGAUGAGCGCUGAGCUGGCCAAGGUCAUUAACGAUGGGCUCUUCUACUAUGAGCAGGACCUGUGGACUGCAAAGUUCGAGCCUGAGUACUCCCAGAUCAAGCAAGAAGUCGAGAACUUCAAGAAAGUCAACAUGAUCAGCCGGGAGCAGUUUGACACACUAACCCCUGAGCCACCUGUGGAUCCCAACCAGGAGGUCCCUCCGGGGCCACCCCGAUUCCAGCAAGUUCCCACCGACGCCCUGGCCAACAAGUUGUUUGGUGCUCCUGAGCCCUCCGCUAUCGCCCGCUCUCUACCCACCACUGUCCCCGAGUCGCCAAACUACCGCAACGCCAGGACCCCCCGCACUCCCCGGACACCGCAGCUCAAAGACUCAAGCCAGACUCCACGGUUUUACCCGGUGGUGAAGGAAGGACGGACACUAGAUGCCAAGAUGCCUCGGAAAAGGAAGACGAGACACAGCUCCAACCCGCCCCUGGAGAGUCACGUGGGGUGGGUGAUGGACUCCCGAGAGCACAGGCCCCGGACGGCUUCCAUCAGCUCCAGCCCGUCAGAAGGGACGCCUACGGUUGGCAGCUAUGGUUGUACCCCUCAGUCGCUGCCCAAGUUCCAGCAUCCUUCCCAUGAGCUGCUCAAGGAAAAUGGCUUCACACAACAUGUCUACCACAAGUACCGUAGGCGCUGCCUUAACGAGCGGAAACGCUUGGGCAUCGGCCAGUCUCAGGAGAUGAACACUCUCUUUCGGUUUUGGUCCUUCUUCCUCCGAGAUCACUUCAACAAAAAGAUGUACGAGGAGUUCAAGCAGCUGGCUCUGGAGGAUGCCAAAGAAGGCUACAGAUAUGGUUUGGAGUGCCUUUUUAGAUACUACAGUUAUGGCCUAGAAAAGAAGUUCCGGCUGGACAUAUUCAAGGAUUUUCAGGAGGAAACGGUGAAGGACUAUGAAGCCGGGCAACUCUAUGGGCUGGAGAAAUUCUGGGCCUUCUUGAAAUAUUCCAAAGCCAAAAAUUUGGACAUCGACCCCAAACUUCAAGAAUACCUCGGCAAAUUCCGACGUCUUGAAGACUUCCGAGUGGAUCCCCCCAUGGGUGAAGAGGGCAGCCACAAGCGACACCCAGUGGCAGCAGGAGGUGGCGGCGGUGAGGGCAGGAAGCGGUGCCCCUCCCAGUCUUCCAGCAGGCCCGCCACCGUGGUCAGCCAACCCCCCACACCACCCACCGGCCAGCCCAUCCGGGAAGAUGCCAAAUGGACAAGCCAGCACUCAGACGCACAGACUUUGGGAAAGUGAAAGAACCUGUCGCCCUGGGGGGUUUUGUGGGGGGGGGGGGAUGGGCAAGACUCCGUGGGGGUGCCCAGUCCCAGGAGAGGGGACAGAGAAGGAGCAGGCCUGGAUUCACUGGGAUGGGCCUUCGUGCUGAGUAGCAGUGUGCACACCAUUUGGGCUGUCAGAGGUACCCCUGGGCAGGAGCCUCCACACGUCCCUUCCCCCUCCUCUCUUCAUGCCUCUUCGUCACAGCCUAGCUUCUAAGGGGGGAGGGACGGGGGGAGAUUUUAUAUAUAUAUAUACAUAUAUAUAUACAUAUAUAUAUCAAGUUUUAAAUUAUUGAUAGUUCAUUUGGAUUACCAAAAUCACUCUAGCCCUGCCCACGGCGGAUAGGCCGCAACCCUGGUCCCUGCCCCACGGCCUCCUGCUCCCUCUCAAGCCAACUAUGCAGCCCACACGAAGGCCCGUGGGCACCAUCGCCCGGCACUGUCCCAUGGGAGGCUCUGGCAGUGCCCCUGGGCCCCACGGGCACUGGCCCCCUUGUCAUCGGGGCUUUCCAUCGCCGUGUCCUCUGCCCGCCGUCCCCACCAUGCCCUUCUGCCGUUUUCCGGGAGAAGGAAACCAAAGGAUCUGAACGUGGAGGAGGGGGGGUUCCGCCUCCCCGCACUCCUCUCUCCCCGUGCCCCAUACUCCCCAGCCCAGAGAGACGCUGCUCAUACCAGAAAAGACUAUUGAAAGAUGAUUUAUUUUAUUUUUCUCUGACCUUUCCAUCCUUGGGGAAGAAGGAAAAAAAAAAAGGACAAAACUGACCUUAAAAGACCAAAAAAAAAAAAAAAUCAGAAAACCCCCACCUAAUCCACAGAAAGUGAUGUUUAUUUCCUACCCAUGGAAUUCUUUUUGUUUUAUUUUGUUUUGUUCUUGGAAAUAAUAUUUCUUUUAAAAGUUGCCUUAUUGUGGAGCGGGAAUCUGAAAUACCCAAAUGCCUAUUUUCCUCAGUGGAGUCGACUCAAGCUCCCACCUUCUCUGGAUGUGCCUGGGCUGGAUUGGCUAGGGUCUUUCUCUGGACUGAUUUGCAUGUACAGCGCCUCCAGCCUCGGGGGCCAGAGAGUUGGGGAUGGCUCGGGUGAGAGCCGCACCCCACGCAUCCCUGCUGUUGCAUCGUUUGAAGCUGACAUCCUGUGUCUACACUGCUGCCACUGUCGUGUCCUCACUCCGCUUGCUGUUGCCUCACGCCGGGCCCUGCCCUGCUGUGACACUCGUCAUCCUACCCCAUGGCCAAGUUUGCUUCAGACUGUUAGAGAAGAGCGUUGGCCUGGAGCUGGGACAGGCCUGUCCUCAACUUGACCGUCCCCCCAUCUCGGGGAGAGAUGAACACCUGGCAGGCUGGGGCUUGGAAGUGUUGUUCUGUGUUGCCUGGAAAGAUCUUGGAGACCUCAAGGAGGCUUUGUCUCAUAAAAGGUGGAGGAAAAUGCCACUCUCCUGUGGGUCUGGUGUGGUCUCCCCAUCUUGCAUCCCUUCUGCGAGCCAUCUCUGCCCGCCCUCCGCUUGGUCCUGCCUGGCAGUGAGGACUGAGGAGGUGAGGAGGAGCUGGGGGCCGGGGAGAACCCUGCCAGUUGGAGAAGCCCCGCGGCAGGAAGGUAUAUGUGGACAUAGAGUAUACCUGACUUCUCCGGCCCCGGAUUGGGCUGCGAACGACAGUGGGACGGUUGGAGUCUGCCGGCAUUCGGAGCUGGGGGGAGUGACGAAGGACCGGCCCGCACAGGCUGGGCUGUGUGUUAGGUGCGUGCGUGAUGACACGUUCACCUCCAGCGGGGACCAGGCAGCACGGAGAAGUCCCUGGUAGUGUUGCUCAGUCGGUGACUCUUCCUUCGCCCUCUGUUUCGAUUGCUCCCUCUGCUGGGCCCAAAGGCUGGGAGUAGGAGACAGUACCCCAGACUGGCAAGGGCUUGCCUUUGUCUUGGGCACCUCAUUGCUUUUGGCCUGCCCCCUUCCCACCUCUGCCCGCCCAGUGGUUAGUGUGUUGGGAAGCCCAUCUCAGUUCUUGAGGGACAGUUCUCUCAAAAGCCAAGGACAAGUGUCUGGUCUCCGCCGUGACUGUGGGAUCUGAGGCCUUGCCCUGCCCGGUCUGGUGCCGGCCCCACGUUGUACCAGACACUGGACUCCCACACCCCCGCCGCCUCCUGCUUCAUUCCCCUCUCCUUCAGGGCGCGCAGCCCUGUACUGUAUCCAGCACCACAGAAACCUCAGUGUUUGUCCUCUGCUGGGUGUGGGGGCAUGCAGAAGCCUUGGGAGUGGGGAGAGGUGGUUCGAUGUAGAGUUGAUUCCCAGGCCAGGGCGCUGCCAUCUUCUCCCUGACCCUCCCCAGAAAGAGAAAAGGCCCUUUUGAGGUGAGGAGGUGAGGACUUCAUCUCAACACAGGCUGAGGAUGGGGAGAAAGGAGACCUUUUUUUUUUCUUUUUUUUUGGUAACAUGUUAGGAGUUGAUGUUGCAAAGAGUAGUUUACAUCUUCACUUUCUGAAGACACUUGAAUUUAGGACCGAUGUAUCUGUGACAAGCAUGCAGGAGUGGCAGGGGCCAUUGGGGCUUGCCACUUCACACCCACCAUCCUCUCCCGGGGAUCCAAGAUCUGAGACACAAAGCAACAGCUCGCCCAAACCCUCUUCAUCCUGUUCCCUCCCAGGGCCAGGCCAUGCCAGCACAGCUUCGGGCAUCCAGCACCAGAAAGCCUGUGUGUGGCGGCCCUGAGAAGGGACAGGUCUCUGUCAUCCUCUCCUGCACCUGGGAGCCUCCGUGCUGCCAGUAGAGAGGCGCCACUGGGUCUGCCCCAGCCUGGACCCCUGGGGCUCAGACCGAGUUGCUGAGCCCCCACGUCAAAGUUGUUAAUGUUCUGUUUCGUUCAUUUGUAGCUCUUUUCCCCCCACCUUUCCUGGUGAUUGAUUUUAGAAAAAGUAAGCUCCUGAGAAGGUCCUCAAAGUGGGGAGGAGGGGCAAGAAAGAAGGCUUAUCUGAGUAGGGUUGGGGUGGGGUUUUUUGCCAAAAGCCUGGGUAGAGCGGUCUGGAUCAUCGGGCGCCCUCCUGAGUGGGAUCCCCAACUGUCUCCUGUGCGGUGGGCCCCUGGAUCUGCCCGGACCUCGCCCUCUCCUUCAGCCGUGUUGGUGGCAGAGAAGAUUGGAACUCAACGGCCCAUUCUCACUGGAGAGGAAAACUUGUCAUCUGGCUUUGCGGAGAAGGUUCCACCUUACGCUCAUAGUACGUUAUCUCUACCAUGUGCUUGGAUGUCACACUUAAAAGGACAAAAAAAAAAUGUAAAAUACUUGAAUGAGCUUGUAUUAUAACAUUAAUAUUAUUGAGAGUAUCUGCGUUCCAGGCUGAAGUGAUUCAUUCAUUAUUCUAGUCUGCUUUAGUCCUUUGUAAUUUGUGGUAAUUAUGCUUUUCUUUUUAAUACAAAAAAAUGUAUAAAAAUAAAAACUUGAAAAGGCA